AUGGUGGCUCCACUAAGGCGCUGGGGCUGCAGACAGCCGCUCCUACUCUUUAUUCUCCUGGGGAAGCUGUGGGGGACUGGGGCCGGGCAAAUACGCUACUCGGUGCUUGAGGAGCUGGACAAAGGCUCCUUCGUGGGGAACAUCGCCAAGGAUCUGGGGCUCCAGCCCCGGGAGCUGACGGAGCGCGGAGUCCGCAUUGUCUCCAGAGGUAAGACGCAAUUGUUCUCUCUGAACCCGGGAAGCGGCAGCUUGAUCACGGCGGGCAGGAUAGACCGGGAGGAGCUCUGCGCUCAGAGCGCACCGUGUCUGGUGAGCUUUAACAUCCUGGUUGAGAAUAAAAUGAAAAUUUAUGGAGUAGAAGUGGAAAUUAUCGAUAUUAAUGAUAACUCCCCACGCUUCCGGGAUGAGGAAUUAAAAGUAAAAAUUAAUGAAAAUGCACCUGUGGGAAUGCGGUUAGUACUUCCCUUCGCACGGGAUCCGGAUGUGGACGUGAACUCUCUCCAGAACUACCAGCUCAGCUCCAACAUACACUUCUCUCUGGACGUGAAAAGCGGAAAUGAUAAGCAAAAGUACCCGGAGCUGGUGUUGGAUCGGCCCCUGGACCGAGAGAAAGAGGCUGUUCACGACCUCCUCCUCACAGCUGUAGAUGGCGGAGACCCCAUAUUCUCUGGCACCACGCACAUCCGCGUGCUGGUCCUCGAUGCAAACGAUAACGCUCCCUUGUUCACUAGACCGGAGUACAGAGUGAGUGUCCCAGAGGACAUACCUGUGGGCACUCGGCUGCUCACGCUAACCGCCACGGACCCAGACGAGGGACUAAAUGGGAAAUUGACCUACUCUUUUCGCAAUGAAGAAGACAAAAUUUCAGAGACUUUCGAACUUGAUUCAAGCUUGGGGCAAAUCUCAACCCUGCAAUCUUUGGACUAUGAAGAAUCCAGAUUCUACCUAAUAGAAGUGGAAGCUCAGGAUGGAGGUGCUCUUCUUGCCAGCGCUACGGUGCUGGUCACAGUACAGGACGUGAAUGACAAUGCCCCGGAGGUGAUCCUCACCUCUCUCACCAGUUCAGUCUCUGAAGACUGUCUUCCCGGAACCGUGAUUGCUCUGUUGAGCGUACAUGAUAGUGAUUCUGGAGAGAAUGGCGAGAUUGCAUGUUCUAUCCCCCGGAACCUGCCCUUUGAGUUGGAAAAGUCAGUUGAUAAUUACUACCACUUAUUGACAACGAAAGCCCUGGACAGGGAAGAGACCUCAGACUAUAACAUCACAGUAACAGCCAUUGACCGCGGAACCCCACCCCUGUCUACAGAAACUCAUAUCUCGCUGAAAGUGGAGGAUAUCAACGACAACCCGCCAGCCUUUUCUCACAUCUCAUACUCCACCUACAUUCCAGAGAACAAUUCGAGAGGCGUCUCCAUCUUCUCCGUGAGCGCCCACGACCCCGACAGCGGAGAGAACGCCAGGGUCACUUACUCCUUGAGGGAGGACACCCUCCAGGGGGCGCCUCUGUCCUCCUAUGUCUCCAUCAAUUCCGAUACCGGGGUACUGUACGCGCUGCGUUCUUUCGACUAUGAGCAAUUCCGAGACCUGCAGCUGUGGGUGACAGCUAGCGACAGCGGGAACCCGCCACUCAGCAGCAAUGUGUCAUUGAGCUUGUUUGUGCUGGACCAGAAUGAUAACGUGCCAGAGAUCCUGUACCCCGCCCCUCCUACUGACGGGUCCACUGGCGUGGAGCUGGCACCCCGCUCUGCAGAGCCCGGCUACUUGGUGACCAAGGUGGUGGCUGUGGACCGCGACUCAGGACAGAACGCCUGGCUGUCCUACCACCUGCUCAAGGCCAGCGAGCCAGGGCUCUUCGCGGUGGGGGUGCACACGGGCGAGGUGCGCACGGCGCGGGCCCUGCAGGACAGAGACGCACUCAAGCAGAGCCUCGUGGUGGCCGUCCAGGACCACGGCCAGCCCCCUCUCUCGGCCACCGUCACGCUCACCGUGGCCGUUGCUAACAGCAUCCCCGAUGUCCUGGCCGACCUGGAGAGCAUCAAGACAUCCUCUGACCCUGAUGAUUCAGGCCUCACGCUGUACCUGGUGGUGAGCUUGGCCGCCGUCUCGUGUGUCUUCCUCGCCUUUGUCAUCGUGUUGUUGGUGCUCAGGUUGAGGCGCUGGCACACGUCGCGUCUGUUGCAAGCUUCUGGCGGCGUAUUGCCGAACCCGCCCGUCUCGCACUUUGUGGGCGUGGACGGGGUGCGGGCUUUCCUGCAGACUUAUUCCCAUGAGGUCUCCCUCACGACGGAUUCCGGAAAGAGUCAUAUUAUCUUCCCUCAACCCAACUACGCUGAUACACUCAUUAGUGCAGAGAGUUGUGAGAAAAGUGAGCCUCUUCUUAUACCUGAUCAGAUAAAUGCAAACAAAGAAGAACCGGGAGUUUUUCAGGUUAGUUUUUUUUUUUCCCCCCCCACUGGGGAUGAUUGGAGCAUUUGUUUCCUCAAUCAUUUUUCUGUCACUUUCAAAUUCUGUUAAUUUUGUAAACAGUAAAUCAUGACUUUCUUUAGAGACUAAUUUGAUGGUUGAUGCUUUCUCCAAUGUUUUCAAAUUAUUUUGGGGAUUAAAGUCUGCUUUUUUCAAUAUGUACAUGUUUUAGAGAAUCUAAACUGAUACAAAUAGUUGUUGUUUGUUGUUAGGUGCCGUUGAGUCGGUUCAGACUCAUAAGAGACCCUAUGUAGACCAGAAUGAAGCACAGUAGUCCUGCGCCAUUCUCAC